CCUGAGUGAUGGUAGGAUGGAGCGGGAGAUGGAUUGACGUAUUGGGGCCUCGUCCUCAGUAAUGAGGGCGUUGUUUCGGUUGGUCGUGGUGAAGACAGCGCAUAGUCGAAAGGCAAAUCUCUGGCUGGUCUGCCCAAGUUCCAACCCUCACCUGUGGUCAUGAGGCGUGGAAAUCGGAUUAUCCAGAGAAAACCUACACAAGCAAGAACAUGCAAACUCUGCACAGAAAGACCCCAGGUCCAAACCAGGGAUCAAACCCUGGACUUUCUUACUGUGAGGCAUCAGUGCUAAUCACUGAUCCAUCGUUCUGUCUGUGAUAAGCCGCUCCACAGUAAAACUCACAGAACCAGACAAACUGUGAAAAAAGUGACUUAUAGUCAGGAAAAUAUGUAAUUUUUUUUAUAUAAAUCGGUUUUUCAUCCUUAUCAGAAGUGUUUUCUGGGAAGUUCCAUUUAAAUCAGGAGGGUCAAAACUAACUAAAUAAAAUCAGAUUUAAUUCCCACAAAAUGAAAUAUCACGCAAUAAGAAAUGCUACAGAGCUGGUUAUUAUAGUGAAUAAGUUUGUCUGUAAGGCAAAAGCAAACAAAAAUGAGCCAAUAAGUUACUUAUUUUGCGCACGUUCGUAGCUCAACAUUAUAAUUUAGGCCAUCAGGUUUUCAAACGAUCCCAAAUCUCCUUUUGCGUGUGAAAUUGAAAAGUGAAAUCCCACGAUAAAGCAAGACCUAGCUAURAACACAAAUUGUUUAUGAUUUAUGAAAUAAAAUCAACAUCCGCGUCACCGGAUGUCACCGCUGUGAAGAGGCCGAGCCCUGCGCYGCUCCAGCAGGAAGUUGUUUUCCACCCUGCUCGCUCCGUUUGUGUGGGGCUGCCAUUUUAGCGAGCUUACGCGGUACGGGGGAACAAUGGGGGUCCAAGAGCACCGGCUCACAUCAGACUCGCAUCUUAAAAACAUUCUGACUUCUCUGCAUCAGCUGAGGGUCCAAGGACAGCUGUGUGACGUUACAGUGCAGGUGGACCACCAGGGAAGUGUUCAGGAGUUUCAGGCCCACCAGGUGAUUCUCGCUGCCUCCAGCGGCUACUUCAAGAACAUCCUUUUAUCCCAGGAUGCAGCCAAAGAGAGACUGUUACUCUCGAACAUGCAGUCCGGUGAUUUCUCCAAGUUUUUGGAGUUUGUGUACACUGGUAAGGUCAACGUCGCUGAGGAUAAGAUCGCUGCUGUCCAAGCAGUGGCCCGGUUUUUGGACUGCGAGAGUCUGUCGAAGGUUUGUGGUGAAGCCGUGAGGUGUGGAGUUCUACAGAAUCUCAGAGAGAAAACACGCGCCUCAGAGGUCAAACCUCAAGAUGCGUCAGGUGGCACUGAAAAGGGGAGAAAGACCAAAGGAAUGAAACGACCUAAAAGCUCCCAUCUGAAGCGGCAGCGCUCKUCUAAGAGCUCCGAGACGGAAGAAGUCAUUAGAAAAAGGCUGAAGGUGAAAAACAUAAAGAAAAAUGCAAGAGCACGAGGGCAAAAAUUAAAAUUGAAGCUGGCGGGCUGUAAAGUGCUCCGGAGACGCUGGUGUUGUUCUUCCAACGAGAACCUUCACAGUAAAAAACGAGCUGGGGAGGAAGGCACGGAGGAGUGUGAGAACAGGACUGAAGACGAAGCUCAGCCGGAGAACAAGRGGGACAAAACGGACGAGACCUCAACGGCGGGACCUUCCUCUGAUCCGGAGGAGUGGGACUGUGAGGAGGAGGUGCACAGUAUCGAUCCUCAAGACCCCUUGUUUUUACUGGAGGCUGGGAAUGAGGAGGAAGGACAGUUUAAAAGGAAACAGAAAAAAACAUCCAAGGCCCAGUUCCAAUGUGACAAGUGCAUGAGGACUUUCCACUACGAGAGAAGCUACUUGAAGCACAUCAGUACAUACCAUGGCGUGAAAGCAGAUGUCGCCUAUCGCUGUGAAAUCUGCCAGCAGACGUUUGCGAACCGCAGCAACCUGAAGAUCCACGAAAAGCACGUCCACAGCAGCGAGAGGCUUUUUGAGUGCGAAGCCUGCGCAAAGGCUUUUAAAAGAAAGAAGGACGUCGUACGCCAUAAGAGACAGGUGCAUGAACGAAAUCUGCAGCAUAUGUGCCCAGACUGCGGGAAGACGCUUAGCUCCAAAGCUGCUUUGUUGUUGCACGAGAGGACACACACGGGCAUGAAGCCCUACGAGUGCACCCAGUGUACGGCCAGGUUCAGCCAAAACUCUGCCCUCAAGACACAUCAAAGGAUACACACCGGAGAGAAACCGUUUGCAUGUGAUGAAUGCGAUGCUCGCUUCACGCAGCAACAGAGCUGUGCCCGAUUCACAGGCUGUAACUGGUGCAAGAAACCUUUCAUGUGUGAAGCCUGUGGGAAAAGUUUUGCAUCUAAAGAAUACCUUAAACACCACUCAAAUAUCCACACUGGCACCAAACCUUUCAAGUGUGACAAGUGUGAUAGAGGCUUUGCUCAGAGGAACUCCCUCAACCAGCAUCUAAAAAUACAUACAGGUGAGCGUCCUUACAAAUGCAAAGACUGUGAUAAACAGUUCACGCAGAUCAAUGCGCUCCAGAGGCACCAGCGCAUCCACACGGGAGAGAAGCCUUACAUGUGUGCACUCUGUAAGCGCACGUUUACUGACAUGUCCACCCUCCGCAGGCACACUUUGGUUCAUGAUGCAGAGGCCCCAUGGAAGACCUACCUGGUGGUGCUGGAGGGAAACAUCGAGGGAAAGAAGGCGAGGUCUUCCACUGAGGAAAAUGCUGACAAAGCAGAGCCCGUGGAAAAAAAUAGCCCAACUAGUGAGAGUCCAAGUGCUGCUCUGGCUGUUUCUGCUUCUGCUCCUGCUCCUACUCCUACUACAGGUGCUGGUACUACCCAAUGUCAAACAACCAUGGUUCCAACUGAGUCGGUCACUCUGCCGUCUGACUGGACCAGUCACGGAGCCAUCACUCUGGUCAGCCAUGGCAGCAUCACCGUCAUCCACACAGAGGUUCCAGCAGGGGCGCAGAUCCAGCCCAUAAUAGCUGCUAACAGCGCCGGAACGAGCAUUAUUUCCUUAGAGCCUUCAUCUAUCCCUGUCCCCUUCUCUAUACCAGUGUCAGUGAGUCAACCUGUGUCUCUGUCCUCUGAAGCAUCUUCCAGCUCUCUGUCUCUGCCCACUCUCUCAAUUCCUGUUUCCGAUACCUUGUUAGCGUCAGUCUCAGGCAUCUCAUCUGUCUCGACACCAUCUGUGCUCGAAGCAGAGGCUUCUCAGGCUACUUUAACUUCACCUCCAGAAAACAAAUCUAACUCUGACACCAGUACUUCAUCACCAGACAUACAGACUGUGGUUAUUGGUACUAAGACURCUGGAGAAGAAGGAAAGAAUAAGUGAUGGACAGCAUGAGAUGCCGGACCAUCCUUUAGUUGAACCGAAAACCCAGACUGAUCAAGACACCGAUUGAUGUUUUCUUAAUAAUAUUUUGUUUUAGUAAUAUAUUAAAAAGUGUCACUAAUUGACAGUUGCCUAAUUAUUGUGAGGCAACAUGCAGCUUAUCUUCUCUUACAAUGUAGCACAGUAUUUUCUGUCAUUUAGAACAUCUUGCAUGUUACAAUAAGACAUUUCUGCUGCAGUAUAUUCUCUGUCUCUUCUGAUUGGUCUUCAUUGUCCAGCAAAUGAAAUUUUGAAAUAUUGUU